AUGGAGGAUGACCUCAGGAACGAUAAAGCAACGGUCGACACCACCAAAGCCGACUGUUCUGUCUGGCUCAUGAAGUGCCCGCCCGUCGUCUCCAAGGCGUGGCAGGCCGCCGCCACCACCGCCGAAUCGCCGCCGGUCGCCAAAGUCGUCGUCUCCCUCGAUCUCCUCCGGCCUGAAGAUCCCUCCGCCCUCAAAUUUACUAUGGAGAUGGAUGGAAGUGAGGCUCUGAAUAUACCUAAGGGCUACUCACUCAACAUGUUCAAGGAUUUUGUUCCCAUGGGCAUUUUCUCCGAGACAAAUGAAGGAAAAGUAGCAAUGGAAGGGAAGGUGGAACGCAAAUUUGACAUGAAGCCUCACCACGCAAAUCUUGAAGAGUACAGAAAACUGUGUCGAGAAAGGACAAAUAAAUCCAUGGUCAAGAAUAGACAAAUUCAGGUGCUUGAUAAUGAUCGUGGUGUGCACAUGAGACCUAUGCCUGGGAUGAUGGGACUGGUUACAUCGGCUUCUAAGGAGAAGAAAAAAGCAGCUCCGGUGAAGGGUUCUGAUAUGAAAAGAACAAGAAGAGACCGUGGGGAGCUGGAAGAUAUCAUGUUUAAGCUUUUUGAACGGCAACCUAAUUGGACAUUGAAGCAAUUGGUUCAAGAGACAGAUCAACCAGCUCAAUUUAUGAAGGAGAUAUUGAAUGAGCUCUGUGUGUACAAUAAAAGGGGAGCAAAUCAAGGUACAUAUGAGCUGAAGCCAGAGUAUAAGAAAUCCACCGAGGAUACAGGUGGUGACUAA